AUGGCCGAAGGCCACAGUGCCCCUGCAGCUGAGGCGCCGGCGCCAGCAGCAGCAGUAGCAGCAGACUGUACUGCUGCACCAGUCGCCGCAGAUAUGCGCUCACACGCCCAUCAUCAAACGGCACCGAUCCAUGAGCAGGAGCAGGUCUCCUUUGGACCCUUGACUCAUCGGCCAACAUUCUUGGAACACCUGGCUACCUCGCGAGACAUGCAAUUCAAGCUUGAUCGACGGGACACAAGCGAGUUGGACCGGUACUUUCAUGGCCCCCGAAACAUGGAAAAGCAUUCCAAGUGGCCGAUAAUGUUGCGAUUGCACGGCAGUGUCAUGCCAAAAAUGAUCAUGCCGCUUGUAACUAUCGCUCUCUGGUCGACCGCUGUUACUGUCUUUUCGAAGCUGGUCCAUGACCUCGGUAUCAACAACAUCCUGCUCACCGUGCUAGGUUUCGUGGUAGGUUUGGCGUUGUCAUUCCGCAGCUCAACUGCAUAUGAGAGAUGGGCAGACGGGCGCAAAUAUUGGGCCCAGCUCAUUCAAACGUCUCGCAACCUCUCGCGUACAAUUUGGAUCAAUACCGGCGAGAGAGAAGGCGAAGCAGGAAAAGAUGACAUCUUGAGAAAACUCUCCGCGAUGAACCUCAUUCUGGCCUUCGCCGUCUCCCUUAAACACAAGCUCCGCUUCGAACCCGAUAUCGCAUACGAGGAUCUGGCUGGCCUGGUUGGACACCUUGAUACCUUUGCCCGUGAUGCCCACGACCGCAUGGUUGUCAACCCUCCGCCUAAAUCCACUUGGAAGUCCGCAGGAGAGUACCUUGGUAUGUCCUUCGCCGAGUCAAACCCUCGCAAGUAUGUCAAACGGUCGAAGAAGCCUCUCGGACAUUUGCCCCUGGAGAUCCUCAACCAUUUGUCCGCGUAUAUGGAUUCAUGUGUAGUCAACGGUACUCUGGUUUCGACUCUGCACCAAGGACAAGCUAUCGCCAUGGUGGCCACCUUGAAUGAGAUCUUGACCGGCACAGAACGUGUACUGGACACCCCCUUGCCCACCGCAUACAGCAUUGCCAUUGCCCAGAUCUCAUGGAUCUACAUCCUGGUACUUCCAUUCCAGCUCUACAAUGCCUUAGAAUGGAUGACCAUUCCAGCAUCGAUUGUGGCUGCCUAUAUCAUCCUCGGCUUAGCCACGAUCGGCAGCGAAAUCGAGAACCCCUUCGGUCAGGAUGUGAACGAUCUCCCGCUGGACACCUACUGCCGACAGAUCGCCCUGGAAAUGGAUAUCAUGACUGCUGUGCCCCGACCAAAUGUCGACGACUUCAUGUCGCGUGCUGAAAACCUCGUUCUAUUCCCUCUUAGCCAGUUAGGAUACCCUGAAUGGAAAGAGCGGAGCGUCGACGAUAUUCGCAGCGCACUUAGAGCUAAGAUGGUCGCCAGCCCGUCGUCUUCGUCGUCUGCUGCAUCUACAAUUUCGGAAAGCAUUCGUCCCAAGACUACUGGGUCAUCAGUCUGA